AGACACUGAACCACUGAACCACUGUUGCUGAUCAUGAUCAUGGCAGCCGGGACUGUCCUGACACUCAGCCUCUGCACAUUUAUGCUCCUUGGGCAAGGGUCACAGGCUCAGGACUGUGGAGAAGCACCUCUGAACACUCGGAUAGUGGGUGGUGAGGAUGCCCCGGCGGGGUCCUGGCCCUGGCAGGUCAGCAUGCACAUCGUGGACUUUUCUCACGUGUGUGGAGGGACCAUCAUCAGUGACCAGUGGGUUCUCACAUCAGCGCACUGCAUCAUUGUAAACCCAAGUCAAUAUAUUCUCUACUUUGGAAGGGAAACUCAAAGUGGUCCCAACAUUCGCGAGGUGAAGCGAACUGUGUCCCAAGUCAUUGUCCAUCCUGAUUACAACAACACUCUCCUCAACAAUGACAUUGCCCUUAUGAAACUCAGCAGCCCCAUCAGUUUCACUGACUACAUCAGACCUGUCUGUCUGGCAAGUAAGUCCAGUGAGUUCCACAAUUCCACUCUCUGCUGGUCCACUGGCUGGGGGAAAAUUAAAAGCAAUGAAAACUUGCCGGAUUCUGGAAAUCUACAGGAGGUUCAGAUUCCUGUUAUUGGAAACAACGAGUGCGCCUGCAGUUACCAAAAAGAACCAGACGUAAACAUCACUGCCAACAUGAUCUGUGCUGGGCAAGAGAACAAAGGCGUAUGUCAGGGGGACUCUGGUGGACCUUUACAAUGCAAACAAGGCUCUCGGUGGAUCCAGGCUGGCAUCACCAGUUUUGGAAUACCUUGUGCCGUUGGCGUCCCUGAAGUCUACGCGCGAGUGUCUCAGUUCCAGACCUGGGUCACAAAUCAAGUGGGAGGAGUCAAUGUAGGCUUUGUGACAUUCAAUUCCAGUGGCACUGACCAAGACAGCAGCUAUGUGUGUUCUGAGAAUGUUCCACCUCUGAACUCCACCACAUCACCAAGUGUCACACUUGAGUUUCCAUUUUUUGUCAUUGUAGUGUUGGUGAUGCUGCAGCAAAUGUUAGCUCAGUAGCAUAGCACCUUUUCAAAAAGCCUUUUUUUUUUUUUUUUUUAUUCUUCGUCCUCUACUUUCUAGUAUCUAUAUGUGUAGUACUUAGUAAUGUACACUAGUCUUCCAACAGGGAUUCCCUCAUUCAGUGUUGUUUUCAUACUAAUUUCGAAGCAGCAUUCAGUUCUUCUGCUCCUCAUCUGGGGAACACCUGAGGUCCACUCAGACUGUCGGCUCAUUUAAAUCAAACAUUAUUGUUUACUGCAGCCUUUUCUGAAAUUCUUAGUUAUUCUUAGUAAUCUUGGUUAUCAGUUCAUUCAUUCAGUCUUUUAAUCAAAAUCCCAACUUACUAUUUUAUCUCUCUUAAUAAACAUUUUAAUUUUAAUGUUGA